CACGUGCAAUAAAAAUAAAUUAGUUUUUGAUGAUUGGUCGCCUUACCUGUCUCAAUUGGAUAGUCCCGCCCCCUUACACCUGACGCUGAUAAAAGAUUUGUCCAUCAUAGAACGUCGUGUGGCAGUAGCCAAAAUCAGCAUGACAACACGGAUCGAAAGCCUACUUCAAAGCCCCUUAGAGUCUCGAGGUUUGCCUCUUCACCUGUGGUCAACAGACAUACCCCGAGACUUAAAGACUAGAACACAUUCGAAUGCAUGUAGCCCAGAACCGUGGCUUCUGCCAGGCUGCAGUUCAGUGUAUGAUAGUCUCGUAAGGAUACCCUCUUCAAGUUUCUCUAAAACGCCACAGUCAACUUCACAUAGGCCUAAUGAAGAAAAGACUUCUGUUCUGAAGCCUCGCAGGUCCUCAAUCCUUGAAAGGUGUAUCUUGAAGAUAUCUACAGCUAGUGUUGCUGUUGGAACAGAGGACCUUGAUGGGAUUAAGAGGUCACCAGGGCUGCAGUGGUGCCCUCAAAAUGCUGACCUGUCACAAUUUGAGACUAAUGAGGCUGUUUUGAAACGCAGACAAAAACAGAUUCAGUAUGGAAAGAACACCUGUGGCUACCAGAACUAUGAGCAGCAGGUUCCAAAGCGUCUACGGGUCCCUGGGAUUCACCCUUCCACUCCCAACAAAUACCGCAAAUAUAGCCGUAGAUCUUGGGAUAUGCAAGUCCGGCUCUGGCGUAGAGCACUUCAUGCAUGGGACCCACCAUCUGCCUCCCAAAAAGACACGGAGGGCCAAGACCCUGUUGAUCAAUUGCAGAGCUUGCUUGAGAAGAUGAAUACGGAGUUGAGCGAAGGUGGAGAAAAUGAGGAAACGCGGUGGGAAAUUGCACAAGAUUCAAGCACGUCCCUAAUCUCUCAACCUAUGGAGUUAUCGACCGAUGGUCUUUGGCUAUCAUCCAAUGCGUCUCAACUUGAUGUCCCAUGUCAUCAGAGCCAGACCUCUCAGCUUGGUUUGGGCUAUACCUUUAGUAGUCACCUAUCGGCGCAGGAGAACGUUCUAGGAUGGUUGCGAUUCCUCCUCGAGACCGACAACAACUGGAACCAGGCACCUUUGCUGCAUGAAGAGCCUUUCUGGAGAUGUACAUAGUUACUUGUCAAAUUAAGCGUUUGGUCUCCACAAAUCAUGUGCAACUUUUUUCAGCAGUGUUGUAUGUUCUACACUUGGAUCACUAGCGUCAGUUUAGUAUGUUGUUGAAUUAUAUAGCGUGCCAUCAAUGUUUCCUCUCCAUAUAAAUGUUAUUAUUGUGCACUUUCACGUGCUAGUUAUCACUUUGUUUGCACCUUAGUUUCUAGCUAUUUCUUCACUCCCUUUUCUCUUUUUUUAAAAACACAUGUUCUCGUCAUGACUUGUUGCAGGUUCUCGACACUUUUCUUUCUCCUGUUUUCUUCACAUCACUGUUUUUCUAAAAACAGACAAAGUUUAGACUUUUUUUAUUUGUGUGUGUGUGUUGACCUCUAAUGUGAAUUGAAAGC